CACAUCCCUUCGCUUAGCCAGACGUGCAGCAUAUAUUCUUGGUUCCUGACGUUGAUUCGUGCAAGAGCAAAGAACGUUUUUAUUUCUGCUUUGGAAGAAGUCAGACGGAAGUUACCCUAUUGGUCUCGAAGUUUGGCCGCGUCCGUGUGAAACCGAAAAUUCUGCCGGAGAUGGGAAGGCUGUGCCUGGGAGCGUGCGUGGCGCUGUCGUGCAUCAUCGUGGCCCUCCAGCCCGCCUCCAGCGCCCCUCUCAAGGGGACGGGGAGGAGCCACCCCACGACGCCUCUCCGAGUGCCUGAUGGAGGGCUGACCGAGGCGGACUCGCCGUCCAACGCCGCCUUAAAGCAGCUGCAGCAGCAGCGCUCCGUCGCCGCCUCUCUCGGCGUCCUCGGCUUGAACAAGCGGAUACGCAGAGCCGCCCACGCUCAUCCCGCAAGGAACAUCUUCUCCCCCAUGGACAACGACGACUCCCGCAAGGGCGCCGAGAUGAUGAAACGCGCCCUCAGCCUGUGGGCGACGCUGCACCCGCUCAAGUCCAGCGUCCACGAGGCCGCCCAGCGUCGCCAUGCGCUCAAGCCCUCCGGCGCCGCGGGCGAGACCCCGCUCAGACCCAUCGGCUCGCAGCCGCUGCGCUGGGGAAGAUAAGGCUCGCGCCCACGCCCCCGCCCGUUUCAGCCCGCGGCGGCCAGUGCUAAAGCCUGCAUCCGUCUUAAAGAAUUGCACUCAUUCUUCUUCACGGAUGAUGAGUUUAUCAAUUAAUUUGGAGCCUCGACUCAUGAUUCCAUGAUCACGGGGAGACGUAUAUUUGAUAAGUUCCCAAGACUAUCAAUUUGCGAAAAAUGCUUGUUUCAGAUAGCAUCAAAUCAUAAGGACUGAAAAAUGUGUCGCUGGAAUGGAAGGACUGAAUCACUCGUUAAAAGAGAUUCCUUGAGACAACACACACUCACAUACUCAUGUAUAUCUAUUAAGUGUAGUUUACAGUCUGACGUUUUAUAACUCUAAACCUCAUCUUGUUCUGUAGCGCCAUCGUGUCCACUGUUUCCAGGUAUAUUUAUUUACAAUAGAUAUUAUAUAGAUCGAAUGUGUAUCAUAUUUGAUUUCUAUAUUUUUACCAUAUAUUUUAGUGUCUAUCAUAUUCUUCAACCAUUUUUACAUUGUUUACGCACAUUCAUGUAACAUGUCUUUUUAGUUUCUGACAUAUUCUGACCAUAUUCCUUCUAGAUAUACAUACAGUACAUACAGUAAAUGUAACUAUUAAUGAAAUAAAUAAUAUUUGUCAUGA